AUGGAUUUGAGUUUAUUUGUUUCUUUCAUUGAUCCACCCGAUGAACCUUUUCAUAUUUGGUACGUAGCAAUUACCGGGAUAAUCACUGGAUUAAUUGUUCUGCCAAAUAUAAUUGCUAGAGCUCGACUCUCACGUAAGAUUGAUAAUCUACACAAAAUACUUCAUCAGGUAUUACGUUAUUGCUGUUUAAUCACUCGACUUAAAAUUGAGGCUUUACAUCUUAUGGAUUUGAUGCUCGCUAAAUCAAUUGGUUUUUAUGUUGGAGAUUCAUUUAGACUUGAUAUGUGGCACUUACUUUUGUAUUUUGCUGAAAAUGCAUCAAUAUUGCUCUUAAUGGUGGCCAAUAUGAGACGAUGAUUAACUUGGAAUCAAUGACAAUCAACCUAAUAAUUUAAAGUACUAAUUGAUCCCCAUGAUAAGUGAUAAUCUAAUUGUUAUUGAUUUGCUUUGAUUACAAUAUAAACUGUUAUCCUCUUCUCAUUGUAUGUUCACAAUUUAAUCAACAAUUUGUUAUCAUUAAGAUCUAUUUCCAAAUAUAAUUGAAUUGAAUUGUUAUCACAACUCAAUUUAAUCAGGAAAUUUCUUUAAUCAUGAUUAUCGUUGUGAAAGUUAAAUGGAUGAGAAAUUAUUUAAAAUUCAUAAGUAAAUAGUUUCUGGUUUC